AUGAAGUUCCUCGUAUGCUUAGUCGUUGUUGCUGCAUCGUGCGUUCUAUCUCGAGGAGAAUUCGUCGAGUGCGAUCUUGAUUUGAAUGAUUCAGCCAUACUCAGCAAACUGCCGGAGGAAUGCCAAGGAUUGAAUGACACCAUCAAAGCCCUGAUGUUAGAAGAGGCUGCCAGUUUCAAAGAGUUCCACCAAAAGCUACUAAGCUAUGAAGCUGCUAACGACGAGGAAUUCAUUCACACGGAUAUGGACUUUCGUAACCAGUUGUACUUGGAGGCUGAUUUGUACACCUGCCGAAGUAUUAAGGAUUCGAUCGACCAGUUUUUACAGUGCCUGAUUGAAAAAAGACGCAAAAUGGUUGAUAUAAUCGAUUCUCACUCGAGUUAAACGCUACGGAGUGUAUGAUUCAUAUCUACGAGUUGUAUAGACCAUCUAUCGCUGUAACGGCUCCGUUAUGUUUGUUCAGCUUCGCGGAAUCAAAUUGGAUCAGAAUAAUCAUGAAUGAGACAAGUGCUACGAAAACCUACAAAUAGGUAAAAUUGGUUUCCCAUAGCCUGACGGUUGCAACUUCGAGUGAUUCACUUACCGAUGAUAAUGAGGUCAAAUUCAGUUUCAUUAUACCACAAGCCGUUGGAAUAACGUCUUUCCUGUCUAAUGUCAAUAAACUGAAACGUUCAAUCUACGAUA